AUGUCUGAUAGUUCGGAUGAAGAACCUAAUCCCAAGCGUAGGCGUGGAGUUGUGCACGAAGAAAAAUACCAACGGAACAUUAUUCGGAAUGCUAGGCUCAAAGGAUUGCAGUACGUCUCGUACAAAGGAAAAGAAGUUCCCAGCAAAGCCCCGGUGAAUGAUAUAAACUACGCAAAAACCGCAGCCCUAAUGAAUAAUGAGCAAGCUCAAGAAACCCCUGACGUGCCUACUGGUGACUUGGAAAACCGAAAAUCCCAUUCAUACAAGUAUAACUUGAAAGUAAAUGGUGCUCUUAUUCAAGUUUGCAGAGGUGUUUUCUUGAAAGUGUUUCAAAUUUCUGACAAUAGAGUCAAAAGAAUAAAUAAAUGUUCUGUCCUUCACAAAAGUCCUUUAGAUAUGAGGGGAAAAUCUAGAAGUGGAAACGCACUUCCAGGUAACGUUUGUGUGAGAAUACAGCAGCACAUUGAGAAAUUUGAUGUCAAAGAAACCCAUUAUGGGGGAAAACCUGAAAAAUAUCUUGACGCUAGGCUUGAUGUCGCAAAAAUGCAUGCAAUGUUUAUUUUAGACAACCCUGAUCUAAAAAAUAAAGUAAAGUAUAGUUUCUACAACAAAUACUACAAAGAGAACUUUGCCUACUGUUUUGGAAGGCCACAAGUUGAAGUGUGUUCAACUUGUAAAAGACUGUCGGCCAAACUGAAAGACAAGGGUUUAAGUGACAAUGCCAAAAGAAAUGUAGCUGCUGGAAAAAUGGUACACUCAAGGCGAGCAAAGAAGUUUUACAAAGCUAUGGACGAGGCAAGCAAAAACAAAGAUGAUGACACGGUCGCACUUGCGUUCGACUAUAUGCAAAACUUACCGUUGCCACACAUACCUGUACAGGAGGUUUUUUAUAUGAGGCAGCUCUGGGUAAAUGUGUUUUCGUUACACGAUUUGAAAACCAAUUCUUCCAAACUGUAUGUCUAUCAUGAGGGCGAAGCAAACAAAGGCCCAGACGAAGUAUGUUCAAUGCUACUAAAGUAUUUCAAUGACAUUCCAGUUAAUGUUAAGCAUCUCAUACUAUUUUGUGAUGGCCCAUCAGGCCAAAAUAAGAAUCAUACAGUUGUGCGUUUUUUAUUAAAGCUCUGUGACUCAGGACGCUUUGAAACAAUAACUCACAACUUCCCUGUACGUGGCCACUCAUUUUCCCCAUGUGGCAAAGAUUUUGAAAGCAUAAAGCGUCUAUUGAGAAAGACGGACAGGAUUUAUACUCCUGAUGAAUAUGCAGAGCUCAUGCUAAAAGCUAGUAAGUGUGGCCGAUUUACUGUAUAUCACCUCACAUCAGACGAUGUUCUCAGUUUUAAAAAGUGGUGGCCCAAAUCAUAUAAGAAAAUGACAAAUUCGGACGAAACUUCAGGCAGGAAGGUACCCAAAGAAAAUAAGCAGCCAUUCAAAGUGUCCAAGUACAAGCAGUUUCUCUACAACAAGGAUACUCCGGGAAAAUUGGUCGCAGGCGAAUACAUUGGAGGAAUAGCAACGUCUACCUUCACAUUGUUAAAAACUGCCAACCCUCCGGAACUACCAACAGAGAAAGCUUAUCCUUUGGGCAAGGUCCCAAUCAACCAAAAAAAGAUUGAUGAUAUUAAAAAGUUGAUAGAAUACACUGUUGGAUAUGAAGCCUUUUUACGACACCAUCAUCCAAUGGCCAACAACUGACCACGAGUUGCCAGAAAACAUGCCAGAAGCUGAAUAGACCAGAUCUUUUGAAUAAUAUAGACAUACUGUAGCGUGUAGUCUACUUGUACGAGUAUUUUCCGUUUAAUGCCUAAUAAAAACACUCUUGUUUAUACUUAACUGUUUCUGUUACUUACCUUUGAUACCAAAACAGGUAAAAAUU